AUGUUGCCGUCGCGCGAUCUGGGCUCCCUCCGCGUCGCGUCGCUGCCAGCAGUGCGUGUGGCGAGCCGGCGACCGCUUCAAGUGGUGGCGGUCGCAGCGGGCUCCGUGGAUGCCGAUUCAUCAGCCGACCUGGUGCUGGUGGAUCACUACAAGCGGCUCGGCGUCUCCAGAAACGCCAACAACGCCGAGAUCUUUAAAGCGUUCGAGGCGCGGUGCGAGCAGCUGACGAGCAACCCGAACCUGGACGAGGAGGCGGCCCGGCAGCAAUUGCUGUCGCUCGAGGCGAGUGGGGAGAAGUGGGAAGAGCGAGGGAAGGCGAGCGAGGGAGGGCUGUGCACGCGGUGGCGGGUGUUGGUUGGUGGGCACUGGCAGCGAGUGGGGUGGGAAGGCAGGGAGGGAGGAAGACAGGGAGGGGGCAUUGGUGGAGAAGAAAGAGUGGGUCAUCUGGGUGUCACUGGACGUGCUUCAGAGGAGGAGCGGCGGCUGUACGACUGGGCCAUCAUCCGUGCGGAGCAGGGCAGCGCUGCCGACUACGUGUGGCCCUUUGAGACCGACGUCACUCAGAAGAACUUCACCCAAGGCGUCGGCAACCCACCCCGCCCGAUGAGUCCCGAUGACCCCGAGGGCACAGCCAAGCUGGGUUACUUCUUCCUCGCCUGGUUCGCUCUCUCCUGCGUCCUCAGCCUCACCCUCCACUAG